AUGGCGAUUGUAGCCGAAUACUUCCCACCUCUCUCCCAGCCACGGGAUGGCAACCUAUCCACCUCCAGACGCAACAAUCUUCAAACGUUGCGUCGGCGUCAACGUGAUGACGUCUCCAUCGUUCGUCGUGGCGCCAUUCGGCGUCCCUCCCACACCCGCCCAGUCUACGUCGUGAUCAACAACAUCGCGAUACACACAGGGACCGGACGCCCACAAACUCCUGCUGCGGCGGAUGAUGCCGAUGAGUCGGAACCACAUGAGGCUCAGCCAUCCGUCGUCGGCAUUGUGGGAUCUGAAAUGGCAACAGAUUCCCAUUUGACUGUCCAGAGGCCCAAACUGGACAUUGACGUGGUUGCUGAGCGACCUACCACAGCCGAGAGUCGCUCGGCUGAGCCUGAGUGUCGAGGCAUGUUCGACAGACUGUCUCGGUAUAUAUCAAGGCUUUGGUCCUGA